AUGCUUGCUAAUGGCCGUGAAUUGGCGGAACUUUGCACCGAUCAGUCGUAUGAACGCCGUUUUGAUGGACAACUUUUCAUCUUACAGGACAAUCGAUGGCGUUCAUCAUAUGCUAUUUUGAAAGCAAAUCUUCUCUUCUUUUUUAAUCGAAUUGAAGAAGUUGGAACUGAAGCGCCAUUCAUGAUCCUGAUACUGGAAGACUGUUGUAUGGAACUUUGCGAUGACAAUCUUACUGGACGUGAUUUUUGUUUUGAAAUCAGAUUUAAGACGACUGGACGCCGAUUUAUUAUGGCAGCAGAAACAUUUUAUGCAUUGGGUAAAUGGAUAUCAAUACUAACUGUAUCUUCGAUCGACUAUAUUAAUUUAACAAAACAGUCAUUUCUUGAACAACUGGCAAAUGAAGAAGUAAAAAGCGAACAGAAGUAA